AUGGCUAAAGAGGGCAAACAUUUCAAUCAGGGCGAUUUUGUUUUCGCCAAAAUGAAAGGCUAUCCAGCUUGGCCAGCGCAGAUUAUAAAUUACGAGAAAAAAAAAUUCGUUGUAUACUUUUACGGCACUGGUGAAAUCGGAUAUAUGAAACAGACAGAUUUGUUUCAAUAUCUGCAAUGUAAAGAGAAGUUUGUGACAGAAAAAAACUUGAAGCGUAAAUCUUUUCUCGAUGCAGUUAAUCAAAUAGAGGCCGCGUUACAUGGAGAGGACAUAGCACGUGAAGUCGUCCUUGGCGCUUUGAAUGCUAACACCUUGAGUCACAUUACAGCGGAUACGCUUACAGCCAGUAGGGCCGGUAAAGACAAAUCUGUCCAAACGCCAUUUAAUAGCUUUGCGGAUGACGCUGCAAGCACAGAAGACAUUUCAGCAGAUGUACGCGAAACAACGACGAUGGCAAAAGCACAUCGCAAAGAAAAUCAAGUUGUCAUGAGUCCGCCAUCAUCAUCACCAUCAGUUGAUCAACAAUCAUUUUUCGAACAGUCUUUUGAAUCAGCGAUUGAAGAAGAACUGGAAGAAGAAGAUUAUUUACUUCACGAAUAUAGAUUAGUGCAGUUGACAAAAGAUAUAAAAGAUUGCUUGGGCCUAAAACAUGCUGAUGUCGAUCGCUGCUUGGAGAUCCUUAUAGAGUAUAAAGAACUUUACUUGAAUAAACUAAUGCUGUUGCGUAAUCCAGAAUGUGUUAAUACCAUACGAGUUUUGCAAAAAUAUAGAGGUAAUUUAAAGUCCUGGAAUUUAACAGCUGAAGAAGAGGACACUUUCAAGGCUAAAGCUGAGAUUAUAUGCAACGAUUGCAUAUUGAUUUAUAACAAUUUCAAAAGCAUUUUCGAACCUAGAUCUAAUCCAAUCUUUUGGCAGGAAUUCUGUGAGCAUGUUGAAGCGUAUAAUAAAACAAUUAAAUAUGCGAAUGGGGAAAACCAUCAUGACGGAAAAAGCUCAUCAUAUUCUGUUUACGAAAAGCAAACAGAUAGCGAGCUCGUUAAAGUUCUCGAAUAA